GCAGUCCGAGAGAACCCGCAAAAGGAGUAAAAGGCUCCUACAUAACCUGUCACUACCAAUAUAUUGUAUGAGUCAGAAGGUAGAAAAACCAGUAUUAUCGGGUCAACGGAUCAAGACCAGAAAAAGAGAUGAGAAAGAGAAGUAUGACCCGAACGGGUUCCGCGACGCGCUCGUGCAAGGGCUGGAGCGCGCCGGCGGCGACCUCGAGGCCGCGUACAAGUUCCUAGACUCGGCUGGCUCCAAACUCGACUACCGACGAUAUGGGGAGGUCAUAUUCGACGUCCUCAUUGCCGGGGGGCUGCUGCUCCCCGGCGGGUCGGUAUCGAUGGAUGGAGAGACCCCCAAGACCAACAUUUGUAUUUUCGCUGCUAGCGAGGACAUGGAGACCAUGCGCAAUUUUGAACAGGUGUUUGUGAAGCUGAUGCGCCGUUACAAAUACCUCGAGAAAAUGUUCGAGGAGGAAAUGAAAAAGGUGCUCGUCUAUUUGAAAGGAUUCGAGCCUCAACAGCGCAUCAAACUCGCACGUAUGACUGCCCUAUGGAUUGGUAACGGAUGCGUGCCGCCUUCGGUGCUGCUGGUGCUGAUGAACGAGCACCUGGUGAAGGACAACCUCGCGCUCGAGUUCGUGCUCGAGGUGUUCGCCACCAUCAAGGCCGAGAAGGGAGUCACCUCACUCGUCACCGCGCUCAAGAAGGGACAGCUCGAGGGCAGACUGCUGGAGUUCUUGCCGCUGAACCGUCGCAGUGAAGAGGUGUUGGCCGCGUCGUUUGCUUCCCGCGAGCUUGCUGAACUGUUGCGGCUACAUCGCGCGCAAGCCUCGCAGGAGGCGCGUCGUGAGCUGACGCAGGCGUUGUUGGACGAGUUGGCGGACGACAAGCCUGUGCGCGAUCUCAUACAAGAGCUGAGGGACAUGGCGCAUAAACACUCCAUACCAGAACACGAAGUCGUCGCCAUUAUAUGGCAGUGCGUGAUGUCGCGCGGCGAGUGGAACAAGAAGGAGGAGCUGUUGGCGGAGCAGGCGGCCAAACAUCUGCGCCACUACACGCCGCUACUCGCCGCCUUUGCGCAGAACGCCAAGGCUGAGAUUGCGCUCCUCUCCAAGGUGCAAGAGUAUUGCUACGAGAAUAUGAGUUUCAUGCGAGCAUUCAGCAAGCUGGUGCUGAUGCUCUACAAGACGAACGUCCUCUCGGAGGAAGUGAUCCUCAAGUGGUACCGCGACCCCAACUCCAGCAAGGGCAAGAUGAUGUUCCUCGACCAGAUGAAGAAGUUCGUCGAGUGGCUGCAGAGCGCUGAAGAGGAAUCUGAAAGCGGUGAAGACGAAGAUUAGAAUAAGAGCAGUGAGUGAGACUGACACAGUGACGCCCCCCAUCCCCCCCACGCGGCCCGCCGCACUAAUAAUAUAAUAUAAUAAUAAUAAUUUGAAAUAAUUGUUAUCUGAGUGCACGUGCGACACUGUAUGGGAGAUGUUUUCUACAACUGUAUAUUAUUCAUUUCUAAAAAUAACAUGUUGAUGAAAUACAAUAUUUUUUAUUCAAUUUUUUUAGGAAAAUUCCAAUAAAUGGUGGUAACACGC